AUGCUCAGCAACAGAGACAGCACCGCCCUUCAGAAAACAUAUGAUUCAAGUUACCUCAGUUGUUCAACGGCUGUGUAUUAUGAAGGCCAGGGUGACGAGAGCGAGGCUACUCGACAUUGGAAAGCCGCACUUCGGCGCAUAAAUGAAUACUACGCGUCGGCAAGCGCUCCAAGAGUCUCCGAAACAUACAACGAUACAGAUGCUGCCUUGAUAGACGCGGUGAAAGAGCUAGAACUACAAUGCAAGGAAAGAAUUGAUCUUUUGGAAGCGUUGAAGCUGUCCCGGCAAGACAGCGUCGCUUCGCCGUACCGUGACAAUACCACGCAGGCCACUGGCAGCACCAGCCAGGGAGCGGGAACCAUAGGGCAAGGCACCAUCCCUGCGGUAACAUAUUCCGAACUUUCACGUCCUGCGUUCUCGUCAAGGAAUUCCCUUGAGGCAAUGACGUCAUCUGAAGAAGCGAUUAAGAGGAUCCAUAGCACCCCUGCCGAUUCAACUCAACGAACUGCCUACCCGCUUCCCAGCUCGAGAAGUCCAGAUUUGCCCGAUACAAGAAGCGACAAGGCGGCCCGUCCUCCGAGCCCCGAGAGGCACACCAUGAGGACUACGUUGCGGUCCAAGAAGACUGCCGAUCGAUCGUCUACUCCUCGUAAAUCGAACAGGCCCGCGGCGGAUGGGCCAAGCAAGGCCGCGACCAUCGCGUGGAGCACUUCUGGAUCUCGAGACAACUUCUUGCGUCCCUUUUCUACUGAAGCGCGCUCAUCAAAAUCAAGCCCUACUCCACGCCCAUCGCUGGAACGCAACUCGCCCAGUUCGCAGAAGUCGACAAUAUCAUAUGAAACGAGAUCUCAACGUACAUCGCCUCAAAAAUGGAACAUGGUUCCUUUGUCCGAUGAAUCUCGUCUUCCACAGCCCUCGGUCCUGUCUAUUAGCGCAGCAUCAAGUGCUCUGACAUCUUCGUCCAGCCAAGAGCCCUCCACGGCAUAUCAAACUCCGAGUAAAUCAGAGCAAUAUGUCACCCCUCGGAAGCCCCCUAUCUUUGAAGAAGCAUCAAUUCAAAGUAAAAGAGGGAGUGCUAAAGCUGGCACGCCCGAAGUUCCGCUUCUAUAUAAAUACGACGCAGAACGAGGAGAUCGGUACCGGGACGAUACACGGCGGCCAUCCUCCGAGUUUGCCACUCUGAGGCAAGUUGACAGCCGUUCAAGUGAAGAGGCUGUCGAGAGUCCAGCAAGAGAAACUAAGAACGAUAAAACACCCAAGAAAAUGACGAAGACAGCCAUUCUUAAGAAUCUGCCGCCAGGCAUAGACGAGAGUGCCGCAAAGCAAAUCUUCAACGAUAUUGUUGUGCAGGGAGAUGAAGUUCACUGGAGCGACAUUGCGGGCCUGGAGGUUGCGAAGAACUCUCUACGGGAAACAGUAGUAUAUCCAUUCCUACGCCCUGACCUAUUCAUGGGCCUACGCGAGCCGGCUCGCGGAAUGCUGCUAUUUGGACCGCCAGGAACUGGAAAAACGAUGCUGGCUCGCGCAGUAGCCACUGAAUCCAAGUCCACCUUCUUCUCCAUUUCUGCCAGCAGCUUAACAAGCAAAUAUCUAGGAGAGUCGGAGAAACUAGUCAGAGCGCUUUUCGGUCUCGCCAAAGCACUUGCUCCCAGUAUUAUAUUCGUCGAUGAAAUUGACUCGCUGUUAUCUCAUCGAUCGGAUGCUGGGGAGCAUGAGGCAACCAGAAGGAUCAAGACAGAAUUCCUUAUCCAGUGGAGCGAGCUCCAACGAGCCGCAGCUGGCCGGGAGGCGGAUAGCAAACUGAAUUCAAGGAAUGAGGCUCAAAGGGUCUUGGUAUUAGCUGCUACAAAUCUGCCAUGGGCAAUUGAUGAAGCUGCACGGCGACGAUUUGUGCGCCGACAGUAUAUUCCAUUACCAGAACCGAAGACGCGGGAGACACAGCUGAGGACGUUACUACGACAGCAAAACCACAGCCUAUCAGACGAAGAUGUAGAGAAACUCGUGCAGUUAACAAAUGGAUUCUCGGGAUCCGACAUCACGGCUCUUGCCAAAGAUGCAGCCAUGGGGCCACUAAGAUCUCUAGGCGAGGCCCUUUUGUAUAUGACCAAGGAGCAAAUACGGCCCAUGGAUCUUUCGGAUUUUGAGCUAAGCUUAAAGUCUAUUCGGCCGAGCGUCGACCAAGAAGGCUUACGGGAAUACGAAGAAUGGGCCGAGAAAUUUGGCGAGCGUGGUGGUUAA